AUGGCUCGCUCCCGGCAGCCCACGCGAUUCUCGAGCGAAGCGCCCUCCGAAUCCUCAGACUCAACGUCUCCAGAACGUGCCGCUGAUGAUGAUACCGAUUUUUUCACAAUCCAGCCGAACGACUCGCAGUCGUCGAUCGGAGGCGGAAACUCGCGCGAUUCACAUAUUCAAAACGACCCAGCUAUCAGAUUACCGCUGAUCGUGUACUUCCCGCCGGAGAUCCUGAUAUCUAUCUUCUCGAAGCUGAACUCCCCGAAAGAUUUGAUGAGUUGUCUGUUAAAGAUCACGGCUUCCGUGGGGAAGGAAGACAGCUUCUUCCUAUAUUCCGGCCUCAUCAAGCGAUUAAACCUCUCCGCCCUCACAGAAGACGUUUCCGAUGGGACUGUCGUUCCAUUUUCCCAAUGCAAUCGGAUCGAGCGUUUAACGUUGACGAACUGCCGCAAACUUACUGACAAUGGGGUAUCGGACUUGAUUAAUGGUAGCCGGCACUUGCAGGCUUUGGAUGUUUCGGAGCUGCGCUCUCUUACAGACCACACUCUUUUCAAAGUGGCAGAAAAUUGUCACCGGCUGCAGGGUCUCAAUAUCACUGGGUGCACAAAGGUCACAGACGAUUCACUGAUUGCCGUUUCGCAACAGUGCCGAUAUCUCAAAAGGUUGAAAUUGAAUGGAGUUGUUCAUGUCACCGAUAAAGCUAUCCUGUCUUUCGCUCAAAAUUGCCCUUCUGUCCUCGAGAUCGACCUUCAAGAAUGCAAGCAAGUAACAAACAAAUCGGUGACGACCCUUAUGACAACGCUACGAAACUUACGCGAACUGCGACUCGCUCACUGCACGGAGAUUGACGAUAUGGCUUUUCUCGAGCUCCCCAAAAAUAUCUCAAUGGGCAGUCUCCGUAUACUUGAUCUGACGGCAUGCGAGAGUAUAAGAGAUGACGCUGUUGAAUGCAUCGUCACUGCGGCCCCGCGGCUUCGGAACCUUGUGCUCGCGAAAUGUCGGUUCAUCACUGAUCGUGCCGUUUGGGCCAUCUGUAAACUGGGGAAGAACCUACACUAUGUUCACCUCGGCCACUGCUCCAACAUUACUGACCCUGCAGUGAUACAGCUGGUCAAGUCUUGCAACCGCAUCCGAUAUAUUGACCUUGCGUGCUGCAGUCGUCUGACAGACAGGAGUGUUCAGCAACUAGCAACUUUACCAAAGCUAAGGCGAAUCGGUCUAGUCAAAUGUCAGUUGAUUACAGACGCAAGUAUACUAGCACUUGCUCGACCAACUCCGGAUCACUCCAUCUCGUUCAGCAGUUUGGAACGGGUGCACCUGAGUUACUGCAUCAACCUCACAAUGAUUGGCAUCCAUGCGCUGCUCAACAGUUGUCCUCGCUUGACACAUCUCAGUCUCACCGGAGUCGCAUCCUUUUUACGGGAGGAAUUGACAAGGUUUUGCCGCGAUGCCCCCGCCGAGUUCACUCGCCAGCAGCGCGAGGUCUUUUGUGUUUUCAGCGGCGAGGGUGUCAACCACCUUCGUGACCACCUGAAUCGAGAAGCUGCACCCCAGCGGGACAUGAAUGAGGCCACCAUGUACGAUGACGAUGAAGAAUUGGAAGAGGAAGAGGGCCAUGCGACGGGCCAAGUCUUGUCGAUAUUUUGGGCCACGGAACAAGCAUCGCUUUCGAAGCAGGGCUUUUGUGUUUUAUCUGGGCAUUGCAUUGGUAGCGGUUAUAUGGGGGAUUCUACCCUACUCCUAGCUAUUCUUCUUUUUUUCUUUUUUCGGCCGAGUCGAGUUCCGAUGGAUCCCCCAAAACCACCGAGGGCGAAUCCACUGGCUUUCACGCCUUGGCCCGUCACACUUAUCACCGCGGCCGUUUAUUUGGCCUUUGUUAUCCCUUUGCUAGUUGUCCACCAUGUCGUACCGUCCGCCCCCAGUUCGACUCCCGAUGGCCUGAACCUCACCGAAGCGUGGAGCGACCUCCAAAUACUGACGUCUGGAUAUCGUCCAUAUAACUCGCGUCAAAAUGACAAGAUCCACGAGUGGCUGCUGCAACGUAUCGGCGAAAUCCUCGACACCGCAAACACCGACGAGAAGAGACCGGACACCUUCGUCUUCGACGACACGCGCUCGAACCUGACAUUUGCCCGUGACAAUCUCGCAGUCUACUUCGAAGGGACCAACAUACUUGUGUAUAUCCGUGGUGAAGAGGAUGAUACAGAUCAAUGGUGGGAGCUCCCCGAAGGACGCCCGAAAUCUAGGGGUGGCGUGCUGGUGAACGCGCACUACGAUAGCGUCUCAACGGGAUACGGCGCAACAGAUGACGGAGUCGGGGUGGUCACUUGCUUGCAACUGAUUAAAUAUUUUACGACGCCGGAACAUAUGCCGAGGAAGGGGUUGGUGGUGUUGCUUAACAACGGCGAGGAAGUUUUUCUGAACGGGGCGCGGGUAUAUAGCCAGCAUCCGCUGUCGAGAUUCCCACACACAUUUUUGAAUUUGGAAGGUGCGGGCGCUGGCGGCCGCGCUGUGCUCUUUCGCAGCUCCGAUGCUGAGGUUGCAGCCUCUUAUAAGCGAUCACAGCACCCUUUUGGGUCUGUGCUAGGCUCUGAUGGGUUCCAGACAGGUCUGAUCCGGAGUCAGACGGAUUAUGUGGUAUUUGAGGGUGACAUGGGACUUCGCGGUCUCGAUGUCGCAUUCUUGGAGCCGAGAGCUAGGUAUCACACGGAUCAGGAUGAUACAAGGCACACUAGCAGGGAUUCCUUGUGGCACAUGUUGUCAACGGCAGUCGCGACGACAGAGGGCUUAGUGUCUGACUCGAGCGAUCGAUUUGAGGGCCCGCCUAGGGCUGAUGGCAAGAUCGCAAGUGGUACUGGAUCUCAGGCUGUAUGGUUCGAUCUGUAUGGGAGCGCGUUUGUGCUCUUCCGCCUACACACUCUGUUUGCGCUAUCGGUCACUCUCCUAGUGGUGGCCCCGUUUGUUUUGCUUUUGACGAGCAUCAUUCUCACCAAGGUCGACAGAAUGUAUCUUUUCAGAACGAAGGUACGGCCAGAGGGUAGCCUAGACGUACUCUCUCUAUAUGGUGACCGGGGAUUCAUUAGAUACCCUUUCUUGCUUGGAAUUCCAACUGCUGUUGCUGUGACCCUGGCGUACUUGCUCACCAAGGUCAACCCGUACAUUAUUCACAGCAGCCAAUACGCAGUAUGGAGUAUGAUGGUAUCCGCCUGGACCUUUUUCGCCUGGUUUGUAUCCCGUGUUGCCGACUUUGCUCGGCCAUCUGCAUUCCACCGCGUCUAUACCCUCACCUGGACUUUUGUCCUGAUGUGGGUUCUGCAAGUCAUUGCGACUAUUUACGAAGACCGCUGGGGACUGGCGGGAAGUUAUUUUAUCUUUUUUGGAUUUUCAGGAACGUUCCUUGCUACUUGGAUUUCCUAUCUUGAGCUCUUUUCCCUGCCGCGAAAAUCGGACUAUGCAAACCAAUUACAGCCGGUGUCCAGACGAGCCAGCAGCUAUGGUAGCCGGCUUGGAGGCCCGUCCGACGAUGAUGAGGGAGAUGAAGACGGAAAUGAUGAAGAACCGACAGAGUCGACCUCACUGCUUGGUAGCAGACAACGAACCACAUUCGCGAACUACGUUCGUGUGACCCCAGACAAUGCAGACCAAACAGAUAGCGAGGAGACUACGCGUGACAUCAAUGUGUACGGCCUCGAGCAGCGAUGGAGCGCAUCCUUGCCAAAAUGGCUAUGGGUGCUGCAAUUCCUUGUCUCCGCUCCCAUUGUCCUCAUCUUGGUUGGAUCCCUGUCCUUACUGCUGACCAGUGCACUCCAUCAGACCGGACAGGAUGGAAGCUCUACGCUAUUCAUUUAUCUUGCUAUUGCCGUAUUUACCACACUUAUCCUCAACCCUGUUUUACCGUUCAUUCAUCGGUACACCUACCAUAUUCCGGUUUUCCUGCUGGCCGUCUUCGCCGGGACUUUGAUCUACAACCUCGUUGCUUUCCCAUUCUCAGACUCUAGCCGGCUCAAACUAUUCUUCCUCCAAGAAGUAGAUCUUGACACUGGCAUGAACACUACGUCAUUGACGGGCGUUCAGCCAUUCGUUUACGACGUUGCCGUUGGUUUACCGAGUGCAGCGGGACAAAACGUCACUUGUGAAACCCUUGGCGAUAGAACGAAGUGUUCCUGGGCAGGAAUUCCUCCACAAGUCGUCCCAGGGGACAGGCCUCUGGAAGACUGGCUUUCCUUCGAGAUCUCCAAAUCCGCCGAAAAGCGUCGCCACGCCCAGUUCAAUAUAACUGGCCAGAACACCCGCGCAUGCAAGAUUCUCUUUGACACCCCAAUUAAGAGCUUCCAUGUCGCCAACUCCGCAUACGAUCCACGGUUCCCAAGCACUUCCCCGAAGGGGAUUGAAGAAAUUCGGCUCUGGAGUCGUACAUGGGAAGAUACAUGGACGGUGGACGUUGAAUCGUACAGCCCCGAAAAUGCAGACCCCAGUGUCACUACAGGCCCCCUGACCGGAAAGGUUGUUUGCCUCUGGAGCGACUAUAAUCAGCAGGGCGCCAUUCCUGCGCUCGAUGAGGUACGACAGUAUGGCCCUGGCUGGGUGGGCGUAAGUAAAUUAGCCGAUGGGCUUGUGGAGGGCCGCAAAGCGUUUGAGAUUAGCUAG